AUGACCGCCAUGACGUGCCGUCGGGACCAUCGGGAUGGCAGAUUCAGAACACGCCUCCGUGUUGGUCGACUGCUUCUGCUGGCUUUCAUCGCUUUCAUGGUCAGACUGGUCGCUUUUGCCUUCAGUCAGACUUUCACAGCAUUUGUGCCUUCAAAAUUCAAAGUCGCGCCGCCUGACGCGAAGCACGCGAAGCGUUCUUUGAGGGCAACGCUUUCAGAGGCGGUCGUAGAUGAAACAGGUUUCGAAACGGAGCAGCCGGUGUUGAAGUCACAAGGACCCCCUAGUGGUCCAGGCGAUGUGAAGAAAGUGAACAUCGACCGUCUUGGUGAGAGGAUUCUGGCAGACUACAGCAUAGGUACUGCUCAGACCUUGCCCCUCCGUGGGGUUUUGGGCGGCAGUGUCUAUGCCAGAUCCUUGCGGAAGCAGCUGAUCAGUUGCUCCAAGGACGCUCGGAGUGUCAUCAUCUUUGGUGAACCAGGAACCAAGAAGGACAUGUUGGCCUUUCUCAUCCACUUUCACCGGCGAAAGGGUCAGUUGCUCUUCGUGGACUCUGGCACGGUGUCCAGCCUCGGGGUCCGGAUCUUCGGGCGGCCGAAGGUCGAUGGACUGUUGGAUUUGGACAAGGAAGGGACGCUGAUCUUCAACAACGUCCACCGACUGAAUAAGCAGCUCCUGCCAGCCUUGGUGGAAUUGGCCCAGAACGGCACCUAUUGGUCCAGGAAGUUUCAGGAGACCCGAAAGAGCAAGUUGAAGAUCAUCUUGAUUGCAGAGGACCAGUUUGAGGAGCUGAGCUCCAUCAAGGCGGCUGUCCGGAUCAAGGUCCCUGCUCUCCGCGUGCGACGGGCGGACAUCGAAAGCAUGGUGAAAUACCAGCUGAGAAUCCUGAGCCGCACCUAUGGCAAGCAAGUGCCACGAGUGGAGCCUGAGGCCUUGAAACGCUUGCAAGCCUACGAUUAUCCCAACAACGUACAAGAGCUGUUUUCCCUGAUUGACAAUGCGUGGGCCCACCUGUCGGACGGGAGCAGCUUAACCGCCGAAAUGCUCUGGACUGCGCAAAGCCCUAGCAAGUUGGACACGUUCAAGGUAAACCUCCUGGACGCCUAUCCGGGCCUGCGGAAGUUUCUGCAGUCCAACUGGCUGGAGAGGUUGAAUCACGGCUUCACCAAAUACGUCUUUGCAGCGCUGGUCAUUCUUCUUUUCAUAAGUCCACAGAGCAGAGAUGCCAACUUUGGGCUCAACAUCUUCUGGGCCUGGUGGUGGCCAGGCAUCCUGUUGACCUACCCAGUGCUGGGGCGCUUUUGGUGCGCAGUUUGCCCUUUCAUGAUCUACGGAGAGAUCGUGCAGCGUUGGCGUAUAGCUGACGGUGCUGUGAUGCAGAAGUGGCCUCAAUCGGUGGAAAAAUAUGGCGCUUGGUUUUUGUACGUACUAUUCUUCGGCAUCCUCAUGUGGGAGGAGCUAUGGGUGCUGGAGGAUACGGCCUACUUGUCCUCUUGCUUGCUGCUGUUGAUCACUCUUGGUGCGAUGGUUGGAUCCUGGUUCUUCGAACGUCGCAUUUGGUGCCGCCACCUGUGUCCCAUUGGUGGCAUGAACGGCCUCUAUGCCAAGUUGGCCGUGACGGAACUCCGUGCUCAGAAUGGUCAAUGCAAGGCGGUCUGCAACACCUUCCACUGCUAUAAGGGUGGACCAGCUGAAGGUGAAGGACAAGAGACGGAUGGGUGUCCACUCUAUUCUCAUCCCGCCAAUCUGAAAGACAACAAGAACUGCGUGCUUUGCUUCACAUGCCUCCGAGCCUGUCCCCAUCGUAAUGUGCAGUUGAACCUCCGUGCGCCUGGCGUAGACUUCGGCUUUCCGUUUCUCUUUCCGAUUCCAGGCACGAAGACAGCCGCGCAACAUGAUCCAAGUUUUCCAGAGCUCGCGUUGCUCUUCCUCCUUUUGGGAGCUGUGUUUUGUCACCACUUAGAGGAUAUGGUUCUCCAGUUCGGACAGUCGCCAAACGUCUUGGCAAACUUCGAAAGCCACGCCUUGAUCGCCUGCCUGGCUCUGCUCUUUCCGGGAGUGUUGGUGUAUGCAGCAGAUCGACUGAUGAGACAGUUAUGCACCAUAUUCACACAGGAUCGUAUACCUCCCAACGACUUCUUGCAGCUGGCUUAUAGUUAUUUACCUCUAACCUGGUUGGCCUCUUUAGCACAUUACCUACAGCUGGGUCUGGUGGAAGCUGGACAGGUGCUCCCUGUGGCGGCCCGCACUGGCGCCUACUUCGUGUCGCAGCUGGGCUUCGUCAGCACGGCCUCGUGGCUCCAAACGGACGUGGCGGCGAAGCUGCCGAGCGUGUCCUUCGCGCCGGAGGUGGUGGCGUUUCUGCAGAGCGUCACGUUGAUCCUGGCUGCGGUCUUCAGCCUACAGAAGUUGAACAAGCUGGGAGGUGGAAAUGUACCCUAUCUUUGGAUCCAUCAGUUGGUCAUCCUGGCCCUGACCUGGGAAUUGUGGCAGAUCCUGUGAUUUCACGUGCGGAGAAUCUGAGGGCUUGAGCUGGUGGUUUCUAUGUAACCCCAGUCAUCCUCCCAUUGACUUUAGAUUUCAACCCAAAUGAGUUCAAAUGAGUCUGGUGGUCAAGUUUUAGAUGGCCAGCAGAAUUUGGUACUGCCAUUGACAGCAAGUCGGGAUGGCCAAAGGUGUACCUUGUUUUUUAGUUCAGAGUAUGUACAGUGGAUGAACAGUUACUGGCUUUGCUUCAUCUGGUGCUUGGUAGAAUUGCUGAUCUCAUUCUUUGGAGGUGAUUUUUUCCAAGGAACAGUGGAAGCAGAAGCUAAGAC